UUCUCGGAAAUUUUAGAAGCGUUUAUAAUUUAGAAAAUUUAGAAGAACUUUAAUAAGAACUCAUUCCGAGACCCAAACUUCAUGCUUUGUGAGUGUGUGUGUGUGUGUGUGUCUUUGCCUUUUAACACACUCCGACUUUUUUCGAGCAAACGUUAAAAGAAAGGUCUUAAUACCGGAUCGUGUUCGAAGGCAGGCCAUGAAAUGCUAAUUAUAUUUGAUAUAAACCUGGUUAUUUUCUUCCUCGCUGUUGUUUGUGGGCGCAUGAGAGUUUGGUUGCUGUUCCCACUGCUAUUCACCGCCGUGCCAAUCUUAACGUGAAUUCGCUCUGAGCUUCAGACACACAAUUCUCAUCGUUUUUCCUUUGGAUUUUUUCCCCCCUUUACAAUCCGAGAUUAUUUUCUUCCUUGAAGAUAGACGCAACAAAAAGAUGCUGGUGUAACUCAGCGGGGCAAGGCAGCAUCUCUGGAGGGAAGAAGGAAUGGGCGACGUUUUGGGCCGAGACCCUGAAAAAUCAGCCCGUUCCUUCUCUCCAGAGAUGCUGCCUGUCCCCCGCUGAGUUACUCCAACACUUCGGUGUAAACUAGUACCAGCGGUUCCUUAUGUUACUGUUUGUUUUUUCUUUGCUGCCUCGUCUGGUUUACUGACCCUUGUCCGUCCUUUCGUUUUUCAGUUGCAGAGAGGGAGAGCGAGUGCUUUGACUCUCGCCAGCGCCGAGCCCGACGACCCCCUCCUCCCCCCCUCGCCCACCCCAGACGAUGCCUGUACUGACCACGCCAGAAAUCGCCACCAAGUUCAAGGAGAAUUGGAUGAUGCUGCACCCAGAGGAUCAGGAGAACGUGAACGGCGCCGUCAACUUGGACGACAGCCUGACCAGCCUGCAGUGGCUCCAGGACUUCUCCAUCCUCAACGCGAACCUGGAGAAGCCCCCCGCCGCCGCCGCCCACCUCCACCACCACCACCACCUCCUACAGCACCACCACCACCUCCUCAAGCAGCAGUUCCCCGGCUCGGAUGGCCCCGCUUCGCCACCGGCCGGGGACACGGCAGCCACCGGCAUGCCCUUCACCCUGGGCAACCCCAUCUCCGCGGCCACCGGAGCCAAGACUUUCAUCCAGACCCACGCUCCUUCCCAGAGCCCGGUGGAGGACGUGGAUUACAAGAGCAACCCGCAUGUGAAACCGCCUUACUCCUACGCCACCCUCAUCUGUAUGGCCAUGCAGGCCAGCAAGAAGAGUAAGAUCACUUUGUCAGCCAUUUACAACUGGAUCACCGACAAUUUCUGCUACUACCGCCACGCAGACCCUAGCUGGCAGAACUCCAUUCGUCACAAUCUUUCCUUGAAUAAAUGUUUCAUGAAAGUGCCAAGGCAGAAAGAUGAGCCUGGGAAAGGAGGGUUCUGGCAGAUCGACCCGCAAUACGCGGACAUGUUUGUCAACGGCGUGUUUAAAAGGAGACGGAUGCCCGCCACUCACUUCAGCACCCUGAAGCCGACCAAGCUGCCCCCUGUAUCGGCAAGUGAAGCCUCGCUGAACCCAGCGACUCAGACCUUUCUGUCUUAUUCUGGGCCCGAACACCCAUCCACACGGUACCUGGAAAAUACUCACGGCAACCCGAUUUUCAACUCCCUUGACAGCCAGCGAACUGCAAGCAAACGCAAACAAGCCUUGCCAAAGCGGACCAUGAAGAUGGGCAGAACUUCUAAGUCCCCUCUGCUAGCUCACGAUGAAAGAGAAUCGGAGUCCCUCAAGGGAGACUUUGACUGGGCGUCAGUCUUUGACGACGUGUUUAACGUGAACGGGAGUAACUUUGAGGACCUAGACAUCAACGCUGCGUUGAACUCUCUGGGGACAGAGCUGGACCUUACUGUCCAAGGAAGGCACAUUAGCCCACAGUCCAAAUGGUGCUCCAUGGGCAUGGACCAAGUUCUCGCGGAAACCACCAGCCAAACUUCGCAGUUUGAAGAUUUUACUUUUUUCUCUGACCCUCAAAGACAUCCGUGGGAGGAGAUGAAAGAGGAGUUCCAAGUGACCCCUUUGAACGUAGAUCAAGGCUUCAACUUCUAUGAAGGAUUCUUCAAUGAGAUACAUCAAUGGGAAAGAGGAGAUACCUUUCUGUGACCAGACUAAUAUUGAUCAAUCUUGAACCAUUUGCUACAUUAGCAUUAAUGCCUUGAUGAUUGGAUUUGUACAGCUUAUAUGAAGUUCCUUUAUACUGUUGAAAAAAAUUACCUGUUUGUUAUUUUUUAUUGUUCAUAAUUUUUACACUGGAAUACCAUUUAAUAGAGAUUCCUGUCAUGGUUGAGAGAAAACAGUCUGAAAUUCUUAAUAGUUUUAAGAUCGUACCCUCUGAUCACAAACCAGAUUGUACUACUAACAGGUGCACAGUGCUGCGACGUUUUGAAAGGAUGUGUUGUCAAAGCUAUUUGUCAUUUCAGAUUCUUUACCUUUUUUGUUUUGCAAAACCGAAAAUUGCUGAAUCGCACUUGACACUUUGGAAGGCCAUGUUGCUGAACUGAACAGAUGGAGCCAAUAGUCAAGUCAAGCAAGCUUGCAGUAAACGGAACUGUGAUAAUACUACACACACACACAGUCAAUUCGGAGGAAGCUAAUCGUUUUCCCAAAUGGUUUCUUUGAGCGUUUCACCACUAUUCUUGCUACUUGAUCCAAUAAUUCCACAACGACCAAUAUUGCAC